CGCGUUGACAAUAGUAUAAGAAAAAUAGAGAGCAGAGCAUAAGAAGACGGCGUCAUCUCAAACUAAAGAGAGAAAGAUGAAAAAAUUUCAUGGAGAUGCUUCGAAUUCAUCUCAGAUUAGGAGAAUCAUCUUCCUAAUAAUGGCGGCCAUGAUUUUGGCGAGUGAGAGUGGCGGAAUAAAAGCAGCCAUGGCCAGCAAUUCUGCUUCUGCCUUCGUCAACAACAUCAUCUACUCCAAUCGUAUCGCCAUUUUCUCCAAAUCUUACUGCCCAUACUCUUUGCGUGCCAAGCGUGUAUUCAAAGAACUGCAAGAACAGCCAUUUGUUGUGGAGCUUGACCUUCGAGAUGAUGGGUCUCAAAUUCAGGAUGUUCUUCUUGAACUGGUUGGUCGACGUACUGUUCCACAAGUUUUUGUGAAUGGCAAGCAUAUUGGAGGUUCAGAUGAUCUUCAGAGUGCAGUCUUAAGUGGGGAAUUGCAGAAGCAUCUCUCCAAUAGCUGAUGACUCUUCGAUAAAAAAGAAGGGCCUAAUUGGUUUUGUCAACACAGUUAAACCAUGUCAUGUUAUUGUUCUUUUUGUCUGAUGCCAGAAAAACAAAAUACAUUUUGUAAGCUUUUCAAUACAUUGUAAAGAAUUCCCCCUUUAGAAAUCUCAGUUAAGGAAUUGAAGUGAUAACUUGAUACUGAUUUUGCUUGCUUUUGCAAAUUGAUUCUGAAUUAUUGAAUGAGAAUGACAUUAUCUUUACUUUUAAA